UGGGCCUGGCCACUCUCAGGCUUCUCUCUGUAAACAUCUAAAAAAUCAUUCGAACGAGAUGAAAGCUUGACGACUUAAUUUUCUCAAAAUGGAAGUUGGAGUGGGUGACGUAGUGAUGCCGGGUGAUUGUUUCAGGGAUUUUGUAUCGAUUAAGAAAGAAGGAAGAGAGGACAGAGAGGCUGUGAUCUUGGGCCCCGGCUUGCGCCGCGAGGGUGACACCGUGUUUAUCUGCAAAGCGGGUAUCUUGAAGAAACGCGAACCGGCCGUGUACUAUGUGGACAGUUAUCAGAGACGAUAUGUUCCUAGUCGAGGCGAGAAUGUGGUCGGUAUAGUGACGCAGAAAAGCGGUGAUAUCUACAAAGUGGACAUAGGAGCCAGCGAUCAGGCGACUCUCUCCUACCUGGCCUUCGAAGGUGCUACCAAGAAAAACCGUCCCGAUCUGCAGGUCGGCGAUUUGGUGUACGCGAAGCUGCUGGUCGCCGGCAGGGACAUGGAGCCGGAAUUGGUUUGCAUGGAUUCUCAGGGCAAGGAGAACGAUCUCGGCAUUCUUAGCUCGGACGGCAUGAUGUUCACGUGUUCGCUGAGUCUCGUGAGGAAGUUGCUCAAUCCGGACUGUCCGUUGUUCAAAAUGCUCGGCAGAAAUCAGGCGUACGAACUCGCCGUCGGAAUAAACGGCAGAGUCUGGAUCAAAGCGCGCACGGUACAAGAAACGAUAGCUGUGGCAAGUGCCAUUCUAGCGGCAGAGUACACAUUACCCAGUGAAAUGCAAAAACUGUGUGCCAGAAUCGAAAAAACUUUGCUUCUGAUAGCGUGAUUCUAUGCGAAACUGAUGUUGAACGCUGAUGGCUUGGCGAAUUUAACGGAGAAAGAACAAUCCGUAAUUUGUAAAAAGAAGUAGUGUAUCAGCGAUGGCGACAGAUUUGUAAAUUAAAAAUUAGUUUUGCUCAACUCUCGGGUCACAAACUAUAUCCACACGAGAGUCUCAACAUUUGUUUCAGUCUUCUUCGGCGCAUCAAGAUGUACAUUGAUAUAGAAAUAAAAGACAAUCGCUUCCUAGGAAAUUCAAUGUUUAAUUUCACUUUAACAAAGGAAACAUUGGUGACAUUCGAACGUUACACAUAUCGUCUUACACUAAUAAUCGCAAAUGGUAUCGAUAUACAGAUACAAAGUGCAAGAGCGCUGCUGAUUACAUUAGUAGUAGUUUUCUCAAAACAUCUCGCUGAUAUGUGCCUAACGUAAUGUUUUUUUUUUUUUUUUUUUUUUCCACGACUCGCCCGAGCCGACUAACUACGUAAUGAUCUAUAGACACUAGUGACGGUAUUUUGCACUCAAGCACAACCUUUACUUUCUCCCUUUUUUUUUUUAUUAAAAAUCGUACUCAAGAAUCGCUUAACAACAAAUCCAAAAAAUAUAUACCGCUACGCGCGUGUACUUCUGCGUGUGUGUGUGUGUGAUGAUGAUUUCUGCAUUUAAUUAAAAAAUACACAGAAGAUACUUUUUUUUUUGUACUUGAUGGAAUGUAUUUUAAUUGCCAUCGCCUUCUAAUAAUAUCAAAGCGAAAAUACGCAGGAAAAUCAUUGGUAAAAAAAAAAAAAAAAACCCAUGUCGAACACAAUUUCUGUUUAAUUUAAAAAUUCGUGAUUGUCGAUACGUGUAAAAUAAUAUAGAAAUUGACAUCGUUAUUGCAUUCGAUUAAAUAACGUAUAUGAAGUUUCUACGAAACUGUGUUAAAAAAAAAGCAGAAACUAUUGAAUAUCCAAUGAUUUUCUGUACACCUUCGCACUGUGAUACAAACGGUAACUUAUCAUUAAAAACGCACUGGUAACUAAUUGAUAAUAUAAAUAUAUCGUUUGAAAAAAAAAACAAAAAAAAAAAAACAAUAAUACACAUGUCAAUUGUAUGCAACAAAACAAGUCAAAACACAUCUAGCAAACAAAACAACAAGUAUUGUAAUAAUAAUAACAACAAAAAGGUACGCGUAUUAAAGCUAAACUAUUUUUUUUUUUUGGUCAAUCAUGGCCCCCUACCGUCUCACAGCACUGUUCUAAAAUAAAAUGUAAAUCUAAAUGCUAUAAAAAGUGCACGCCGUUUAGAAUUUUUUUUUUUUUCACUGCGCGGCACUAACGUUCUGCGAAAGAUCUCGACUUUUUUUUUUGUAAAAACUAUGUCUUUUUUUUUGCAUAGAAAGCGAAAAGAUCCAACGGAAACAAAACAAGAACGAAGUAAGAUCUGAAGAUAAAAAAUAAUUAUAUAACUGUCAAAAAGAGUGAUUUUCUAUUCGCGUAAAAUUAUACGGUCGACUAAAAUUUACAAUUGAAAUUGUAGCGCGUAAUUUAGAAUUAGAGUUCUCGCACACACAGAGAUGAGUAGAAUAUAUCAGAAUACUCUUGUGUGUUUCCCGUACACAUAUAUUUCGAGCUAAAAUGUGCGAAACCGAAAAUCCGAUCCUGUGCGGAAUACCAGGUUUGUUACAAUAUGAAUUGAAAAUGACACUCGUGACCGAAUCACGAUGUUCGCAACACAUUUAUCCUUCGUGUUAAUCUUAUCCGCCACUCGAUUCGUUCGAACGAAUAUUUAUUGCACCAGCGAUACGUGGCGCGCGCGCAAAUUUGUUGCUCGGGUUUCGCCGCAAAAAGCAAUAUAACAAGUUUGCACACAGGAGGAGGAGAAAUACCCACAUCGGACAUUAAUAUUCAUUAUACGAAACUAUUCGUUACAUCCUUGUAAUGUCAUGGAAGAAGCCACAGUGCCUUUUUUUUUUCUUUUUUUUUUUUUUGCAAAACCCACACACUUAAUAUGUUCACCACAUAUUGGGAUGUAAUUAGGCAGGCAAAUAUGUAUGUUGGGGACGAUACAUGGUGGCACUAGCGACCAUAAACAUACUAUUCUAUGGCUUGUGCUUUGC